AUGGCCGCGCCGCCCCCCCCCACGACCGCGGCCCACCGCCACUUCCUGCAGGCGCUGCUGGCCCUCCGCGCCCUCGACGCCCCCCGCGCCGCCGCCCUCCACCGCCACGCCUGCACCAGCCACGCAGUCUGUUAUGCUGCUGAUAAGCUGGACGACUUCAUCGGUGUGGCUAACCGUCACCUGCAGCCUCUCUUUCUGGAGAUCCGGAAAGGUGUGGCGGAAGAGACGGGCACAACGUGGUACGCUUUGGUGAAUCUGGCAGAAUCGGAAGUCACCCAGAUGGCGAGCGACUACUCGGAAAUGGAGCUGGAGCUGUUCAAGAAAACAAUGGAUCUCAUCAUCUUGUCCGAAAACGGCUUUGCAUCUUCCACGGAUACUUUGAACUUGGCUGACCAGCUGAAACCCAAAAAGAUGAAGAAGAGGGAGGCGGAGCACGUCCUGCAGCGCUUGGUCCAGGACAAAUGGCUGGCAGAGAAAGAGGGCAAGUUCACGCUGCACCCACGCUGCAUCCUGGAGCUGGAGCAGUACAUCCUCAGCCACUACCCCGACACGGCCCGCAAAUGCCACAUCUGCCAUGCCCUGGUCAUCCAGAGCCAAGUCUGCGGGGACUGUGGGAUCUCCGUGCACGCGCCUUGCCUAGCCAGAUACUUCCAAGGGGGAGCAGAGCCCCGUUGCCCUCACUGCAAACAGUUCUGGCCUCACGGGAUUCCAGCAAGGAGCCAGCCGGCUGCUCCUCCUCCGUUGUCCUCCAGCACGCCCAAGGAGAGCAGAAGAGCGCCCUCUGCAGGGACCCAGGCGGCGAUGAAGAUGCUGCUGGGGGGGGGGGAGGGGGUCCUCCCAGCCUUUGCAGCGCAGGAAACGCCAGGCAUGUUUCCCUGGGCCAAAGGAGCCACUGUCCCCCUUCUGCGCUUCUGGAUUUGGGGGUCUUUCUGAAAUUAAAAGUCUUGCUGUCUUUUC